CACCCCAAAAAGCCUUUCCCUCCUGGCAGGGGGGGGUGUUUGGGGUUCCUGCACUAAACGGCAGCCGAUGUUUUGGGGCAGGAGACCCGUCCCGCGGGGACCCAUCAGCUGAGCUUUGCCAAGUCUGAACCGUGCUAUUUUGUCCCCUGGAUCAUUUUAAUCAUUUAUUUUGCAGAUGAAACAUUUCUCCCCUCAGCAGCCGGCUUUUCACUUUCGGUGCUAGCGACAGCACCCGCUUUUAUCGGGGUGUCACCCUUGUCACCCCAUGCCACUCGAGAUCCACCCGAACCCCUUUUCGGCAAGGCUGGGAGAGGAUGAUGCUCUCUGCAAACUCCUUUUGGAUGCCCCAACAUCUGAGAAACACCCUGCGCUUGUCCCCGUCUGUCUGUCCGUCCGUCCCUGGAGCAGACGUGACUCAUGGGGAGGCGGGGCGGGAGCACCUCGCCUUGAACGAUGGCCAAGCUGGGGGGGGGAUAAAAGCGGAGGCCACCCUCGCCUCCCACUCCCGCCGCCCGCUCCCAUGCUCGCCCGUGCUGCUCCCAAGCCAGGCACCUUGCGGGGAUGUCCCCUUGUCCGAGUCGGAGAACGCUGCCCGACUCGGGGGGCUGCCGCCACCCCGUUGCGUUCUCCCCCCAGCCCAUCAACUCCUCAACCUUUUAACCAACUGCCCGGUGACUGGAGAGCCGGCUGGCUCAACCUCUACCGCUUCUGGCAGGAGGGCGGCUUGCACAACGUCCAUCACAUCAUGGCUCGCAAGUUCCAGCAGUUCGGGCCCAUUUACAGGGAGAAGCUGGGUAUCUACGAGAGCGUGAACAUCAUCAGCCCCCGAGAUGCUGCUACCCUCUUCCAGGCGGAGGGGACGCUGCCGGAGCGCUUCAGCGUGCCCCCCUGGGUGGCUUAUCGUGACUAUCGCAACAAGCCCUACGGCGUGCUCCUCAAGACGGGGGAGGCCUGGCGCUCGGACCGCCUGAUGCUGAACAAGGAGGUGCUGUUGCCGCAGGUGGUGGAGGGGUUCGUGCCCCUGCUGAGCGAGGUGGGAGAGGAUUUUGUCCGGCGGGCACGAGCCCAGGUGGGGAAGAGUGGCCGGGAGCACUGGACGGCCGACUUCACCCAUGAGCUCUUCCGCUUCGCCCUGGAGUCCGUGUGCCACGUGCUGUACGGGGAGCGGCUGGGGCUGCUGCAGGACUUCGUGGACCCCGAGGCUCAGCGCUUCAUCGACGCCGUGACCCUGAUGUUCCACACCACCUCGCCCAUGCUCUACGUGCCGCCCGCCCUCCUCCGCCACCUCAACGCCAAGACGUGGCGGGACCAUGUCUGGGCCUGGGAUGCCAUCUUCAGCCAGGCGGACAAAUGCAUACAAAAUGUUUACCGGGACCUGCGGCUGCAACGCAAGAGCACCAAGGAGUACAUGGGCAUCCUCUGCAGCCUCAUCAUGCAGGACAAGCUGCCCUUGGAUGACAUCAAGGCCAGCGUCACUGAGAUGAUGGCGGGUGGGGUGGACACGACCUCCAUGACGCUGCAGUGGGCCAUGUUCGAGCUGGCACGGUCCCCGGGGGUCCAGGAGCAGCUGCGGGCAGAGGUCCUGGCCGCCAAGCGAGAGGCGGCGGGGGACAGGGUGAAGAUGCUGAAAACCAUCCGGCUGCUCAAAGCCGCCAUCAAGGAGACGCUCAGGCUGCACCCCGUGGCAGUGACCCUGCAGAGGUACACCACGCAGGAGGUCAUCCUCCAAGACUACCGCAUCCCCCCCAAGACGCUGGUGCAGGUCGGUCUCUACGCCAUGGGUCGGGACGCCGAGGUCUUCCCCAAACCGGAGCAGUUCAACCCCCGGCGCUGGCUGGUAGCCGGCCCCAAGCACUUCAAGGGGUUGGGGUUUGGGUUUGGACCCCGCCAGUGCCUGGGACGUCGGAUCGCCGAGCUGGAGAUGCAGCUCUUCCUCAUGCACGUGAGCAUCCCGCUGCCGGGGACACCGGGAAGUGGCGCCAGAAGGGACCGGGGAGGUGGCACGUGGGUGAUGGUACCUCCAGGGUUUCCCAUCCCCUCUUUUCUCCUCCGUCCCAGAUCCUGGAGAACUUCAAGAUCGAAACCAUGAGGGCGGUGGAGGUCGGGACCAAGUUUGACCUCAUCCUGAUCCCAGACAAACCCAUCUACUUGACCUUACGGCCGCUCGAGUCCCAGGCUUGAGGAGCCCGAUCCUGGCUUACACCCAGGUUUGGGGGACACCCCAUCCCGACAGCCCGGCGGGCGUUUUCGGCUCCUUAUGGCCCAGCUCCGUCCCCGGGGAUGGAAUUUGGGGGACAGCUGGGACGCUUCUCACGGCCACAGCCUUGGCUCGGCACAUCCCUGCCUUUGCUCCAGCCCGCUCAAGGCUGCGCUUACGCCACGGGGGGGAGAUAAACGGGAGCAACCCCAGCCCCCCCCCCCCCCGCCAGAGAACCCCCAAAAGGGAGCGUGGGGUGGGGU